AUGGACGACAGCAUUGCCAAGGGUCCUUCCCCGACCACAGACUUUCGUACCAGCAUCGAGCUGGCGAACGCAUAUGCUGUGAGCGAGAAACAUGGCACACAUGGUGACGAGAUGGAUAUGGAUCGCAUGGGCAAGCUGCAGGUGCUGAGGCGGCAAUUCAAGUUUUUGUCCAUCUUCGGCUUCGCUGUAAUCCUUGGCAACACCUGGGAGUACUCAUUGCUGUAG